AUGCAGCUGAACGGCAAAGAUGGAGCGCGGCGCGCGCUAGGAGCUGCGUGCAUUGUCGCAAUUACAUUAUGGGUCUUGGUCCGUGGAGCGUCCAUCGGAGGCAGCUCUGCGCAGCGCACGAGCACUGUUGUGAAACACACAGACGGGUUCAAGUACCGCAAGGUGGCACAGCCUAAGUACACAGGACCCAAAGAGAAGGCCACAUUUGUGACUCUGGCGCGGAACCAGGAUCUUUACUCGCUGCUCGGGUCCAUCGCAAGCAUCGAGGACCGGUUCAACAGCAAGUUCCAGUACGACUGGAUUUUCCUGAACGACGAAGAGUUCAGCGAGGAGUUCAAGCGGGUGACCACAGCAAUGGUCAGCGGUCAGACCAAGUACGGUUUGGUGCCAGAAGAACACUGGUCCUACCCUAGCUGGAUUGACAAGGGAAAGGCGGCAGCAGUGCGCGAGGAAAUGCGCGAGAAGAAGAUCAUCUACGGUGACUCGGAGUCGUACCGCCACAUGUGCCGGUACGAGUCCGGGUUUUUCUACAGGCACGAACUGCUCCAGGACUACGACUGGUACUGGAGAGUGGAGCCCGACACCCGUAUCUACUGUGACGUGGACUACGACGUGUUCAAGUUCAUGCGCGACAACGGCAAGAAAUACGGCUUCACCAUCUCUUUGAAGGAGUACGUCGGCACGAUUGAGACGCUGUGGAACACCACGCUGGAAUUCACGGAGAAGAACCCCUCGCUUGUGCACCCCAACAACAUGAUGGACUUUAUUUCGGACGACGGCGGCCUGUCAUACAACCUGUGCCACUUCUGGUCCAACUUCGAAGUCGGCUGGCUGGACCUGUGGCGCGGACCGGCCUACUCCGCCUACUUCGACCACCUGGACCACGCGGGUGGCUUUUUCUACGAACGCUGGGGUGACGCGCCCGUGCACUCGAUCGGCGCCGCGCUGUUCUUGGACCGCUCCGAGAUCCACCAUUUCGGUGACCUGGGAUACUUCCACAUUCCAUUCCACGCGUGCCCAAUUGACUUGAACACGCGUCUCGAGAACCGCUGCAACUGCGACCCCAACCAGGACUUCACCUGGAAGGGCUACUCCUGCACUUCCAAGUUCUACACUGUGAGCGGCAAGGACCGGCCUGCGGGCUGGCAGAAGUACGCGGACUAA